AUGGAGACAGAAAAAGCAAAGACAAAGGAUUUUAUUACGAAGGCAGCAGAAGCCCCCUUCUGCUACCGCUAUCAGCUGUACACGCAGCUUCUGCUGCUGCUGCAGCAGCAGCACCGCAAACAGCAACUGCAGCACCAGCAGCACGUCAACCCGCACCCGCAGCUGCACCAGCAGCAGCAGCAGCAGCAGCAGCAGGUUGCAGCGCACUUCCCAGCGCUCUAUGAAGCCAUCCCUGACUCCUUCCGUCUCCACACACACACCCAGCUGCAGCAGCAGCAGCAAAAGCAGCAGCAGCAGCAGCAACGGCAGCGGCAGCACCACGAGCACGCGCUGCUGCAGCAAGAGCAGCAGCUGCUGCUGCAAGAAUGGACCUUCUCUAUGACUGUACGCCGCCCCAGCGACGGCUUGCUGCUUCUGCUGCAGGUAGCUGUCUAUACACCAGGAAUCGUUCGCCUCCGUUUAUCAGAGCAGCAGCAAACACAGCAGCAGCAACAACAACACCAGCGACGAGAACAGCAGCAGCAAAGGCCUUUUGCUGCUGCUGAGUUUGUGCUGGAAUCGAAGCAGCUGCAGCAGCAGCUCGUCCAACGCUGCAUUGUGCAGCAGCAAACAAACAAAACCCUCAUCACAACAAAAUGCGAACCCCCUACACAGUCAGCAGCAGCAGCAGCUGCUGCUGCUGCUGCUGCUGCUGCUGCGACCUCUGCAGAGGCGGGCGCGCAAGGAGAAGCAAAGGCAGCAGCAGCAGCAGCAGAAGCAGCAGCUGCAACAAGAGCAGCAGCUAAAAUGCUUGACUGCAGCGCUAGCGAUGCUUUGGGCCCUGACUGGCUUGCUGCCACUUCGACAGGAGCAGCAGCAGCACCAGCAACAGCAGCAGCAGCAGCAGCAGCAGCAAACGCAGCAACACAGGCCCCCCACCCUUGCUGCAGCGUCGCAGAGUAUGACCUUCCUUGCACCAGCAGCAGCAGCAGCAGCAGCGACAGCAGCAGCAGUUUGUUUGAGUUGUCUGUAUGUGUGCAUCAUCUGCCUUUUGCGGUGUCUGUACACCUCAAUGGGAGAGAGCUGCAGCGGCUGAACGCGCAGCAGCUGCUGAACUGGGAAGGCAGCAGCAACACACAAUGGAGUGCUGCUGCUGCUGCUGCUGCUUCUGAUGCUGCUGCUGCUGCUGCUGCUGCUUCGACCCAUGACUAUCACCGGAGGCAACAGCAACUACAACGGCAGGAGGAAGAACAGCAGCAGCAACACCAGCAGCAACAGCAACAGCAACAGCAGCAACAUCCCCAGGACCAGAAGCGCAAGCAUCAUCAUUAUCAUCAUCAUCAUCAUCAUCAUCAGCAUCAGCAGCAGCAGCAGCAACUGCAGCAGCAGCAGAAGCAACAGCAGCGGCAGCAUCAGCAUCAUCAUCAUCAUCAUCAGCAGCAGCAGCAGCAUCAACAUCGUGAGCAGCAGCAUCAACAUCGUGAGCAGCAGCAACACCAGCAGCAUCAGCCGCAUCAGCCCCAGCAGCAGCAGCAGCAUCAGCAUCAGCAGCAUCACCACCACCACCACCAGCAGCCGCGAGACCUUCGUGAAGCCUUAGCAGCAAGAGGCCUUUCGCUAGAGCAGUAUCUCUCCCUUCUAUCUAAAGCCGUCGGCCCCUUAAGUGCAGCAGCAGCAGCAGCAGCAGCAAAGGCAGCAAAGAGCUCAGGAUCGAUUUCACGUGCUGAAGCAGCAGCAGAAGCUGCAGCGGCACCUGCAGCAGAAGCUGCAGCAGACGCAGCAGCAGAAGCCGCAGCAGAAGCAGCAGUAGCUAAGGCAGAGGCCUCGCAGGUGGCAGCAGAAGCAGCAGCAACAGCCACAGCAGCAGCUGAUGCAGCAGCAGCAGCAACGGAGAAGACGCUUGCAAGCCGGGCUGCUCUCAAGCGCAGAAAGAGCGAAGCAGCAGCAGCAAGCGAAGCAGCAGAAGCAGCAGCAGCAAGUGAAGAAACAGCAGCGGCAAAAGCAGCAGCAGCAAGUGAAGUAGCAGAAGCAGAAGGAGCAGCAGCAGCAGCAGCAGCAGCCACCGCGGGGGCCGGAGCAGCAGUGAGAGCAGCAGCAGCAGCGGACCUCGCCGAAGCAGCAGCAGAAGCAGCAGCAGCAGCAGAAUCAGCUGCAGCAGCAGAUGCAGCAGCAGUAGCAGCAGAGCUGCUACCUUCUAAACUAAGAAACGCUCUUGACGUGGACAGGAGCCCUAGUGCGGCUGCUUGUGAGUUUGCUGCUGCUGCUGCACCUCCUGUUGCUGCAAUGUUGAGGCAAGAGGAGCAGCGGGAGAUACCGGAAGCGCAGCAGCAGCAGCUGCAGCAGCUGCUUGGGGCCCCGAUUGAGAAGCUGCUGCAGUAUACGGAGGAGCAGCAGCAGCAAUCUGAGCAGCAGCGGCUGUAUCGGUGCUGCAGCAUUGGCUGCGAUCUCACCUUCAUUAGUGCUGCUGCAGCAUACGGCCUGUACUCUCAUUCUGCUGCAGCAAACCUUAAGAAUCUUGAAGAGCCUUACAGGUUGUUUAAUGUAGAUUGCUACUGCUGGAAACCCGAGUCUCCUGCUGCUCUUUAUGCUUCAAUGCCGCUUCUCUUUGCUCUGCACAAACAAACAAAAACAAAAAAUCAGCCUCAUGCCUCUGCCUUCGUCUUUAUAAACGCAGCAGAGACAUUCUUCAGAGUAAACUAUAACAAGCAGCAGCAGCAGCAGCAGCAACAGCAACAGCAGCAGCACAUGGGGUGGCAACAACAACAGCAGUGCGUGCAACAACAGAUGAACGAUCAGCAUCAGCCCAUGAAAGAACAGCAACAGCAACAGCAGCAGCAGCAGCAGCAUCCUGCUGCUGCUGCUGCUGCUGCUAAUGAUGAUGAUGAUGAUAUGCUUCGUUGCUGGUUUUGUAGCGAAGGCGGUGUCUUUGAGUGUUUAUUUUGCUGCGGGCCUUCUCCGCUAGAUGUACAUCGGCAGCUGCAUGCAGCUCUGGGGUUUGCUGCUGCUGCUCCUGCUGCUGCUGUAGGAAAGCAUCAGUCGAAGUGGGGUUAUAAUGACACAGUGCUUAUAGCAGACCCUCACAUGCGUAUAGAAAUGGGUUACAAGCCGUUUGAAGAGGCAGCGCAGCAGCAAAUUGCUGUUGCAGUGAACACGCGUGCUUGGUGGGCGUCUUGGGUUGGUAAGAGCUGGCAGCAAAUUAGCAACUUGGGUCUGUGGAAUGAUAUGAAUGAACCCUCAGUCUUCGGCUCGAAGGAACUCACCUUCCCUAGGUUGCUGCUGCACAAGCUACAACCUUCUCCUGCUGCUGCUGCUGCUGCUGCUGUUGCUGCUGCUGCUGCUGCUGCUGCUGUGGAGGCGGGUGCUGCUGCUCAUGAGGCGGAUGCGGCUGAGGGGGCGGCGGCUCCUGCUGCUAGUUCUAUUGCUGAGGCACGUGCUGCUGCAUCCCCUGCUGCAGCAGCUGCAGCAGCAGCCGCUGCUGCAGCAGCAGCAGCAGCAGCGGAUGCAGCAGCUGCUGCUAAUGGGGAGGAUCUGGUGGAGCACUGGCAAAUGCAUAAUAUUUACGGUUUGCUGCAGCAGCAGGCUUCCUAUGACGGUUUGCUGCAGCGCUCUAACGGGACCCUCAGGCCUUUCAUUCUCUCCAGGGCUGGGUUUUUGGGGUCUUGGCGUUGGGCGUUUCUAUGGACGGGGGAUAAUGAGGCCUCGUGGCCCCACCUCCGCUGCGUUGUGCCGAUGGUGCUGUCUGCUGCUGCAUGCGGACAGUCGCCUGUGGGGGCUGACGUGGGGGGUUUUGUGGGCAGCUGCUCUCCUGAGUUGCUGCUGCGGUGGCAGCAGCUCGGCGUGUGGCUCCCUUUUUACAGAGUUCAUUGCGAGAAAGCUGCAGCAAAUAGAGAGGCCUUCAGAGACAUUUUGCUGCUGCCCUUCGUACGCAGCGCUGUGCUGGACCGCUACAGGUUACUGCCGUACUGGUAUACUCUCUUUAUGGAAUAUUCUCUUUUGGGGGACCCUAUCGUUCGCCCCACCUGGUGGCUGGACUCAGCCAGCAGCAGCAGCAACAGCAGCAGCAGCAGCAACGUACAGUCGUUUCUUGUGGGUAGUCAGGUGUACGUACAGCCCGUAGUUCACUCCAUGCUGACUGAGAGAAGCCAGCAGCAGCAGCAACAGCAGCAGCAGCAGCAGCAGCAACUUGAGAUGAUCGAGUUACAUCUUCCCCGCGGCUUUCUGUGGUGGCUGCAUGUGUACCUGAGGGAGGACGGCAGCGCUGAAGGCCGCCUUUACCUUGACGACGGACUCUCUUUUAAUUAUAAACGGGGCAGCUUCCUCUAUCUCAGAAUUAAAGCGCGCCUGCUGCAGCAGCAGGAGCAGCAGCAGCAGCAGCAGCAGCAGCACGACCCUAAGAGCAGCAGCAGCAGCAGCAGCAGCAGCAGAAUAGGAAGGAGCCGCCUUGUUAUUUGGUCUGAAGCAGCACCGCUGCCUGUGGGGGGCCCCGGGGCUCCGUGGAGGUUUGGGGCGCUCGCAGCAGCAGAGCAGCUAAACACAACAAUUUCCCACGUGGCCGUUUGGGGUGUACGUACACAGCCACUCGCAGCAGUUCUGAAGAGAGGCCAAGGGCAGCAGCAGCAGCAGCAGCAGCAGCAGCAGCAGCAGCAGCAGCAGCAGCAGCAGCAGCAGCAGUUGCAUUUUUCCGUGUCUUCUUUGCCCCUGGAUCCCCAACAAGAUGAACUCCGCCAGCAACAAAAGGAAUUCAUUGCUGCUGCAGCAGCUGCUGCUGCUGAUGAUGAUGAUGAUGAGUCUGACGGUGCUGCAGAAGAGUCCUCUGCUGCUGCAGCUGCAUCCAAUCCGGAGCAGCAAGCAGCAGCACAAGUGCAGCAGCAGCACGAGGAGAUUCGAAGACAAUUGGCGGCUCUGCUGCAGCAGACGACGGAAGCAGACGAACUGCAGCAGCAACAGCAGCAGCAGCAGCAGCACUUUGCUGCUCCUUGCUACCGAGUGCUUAUCUCGACUCCUGGUGUCUCUGCAGCAGACCCCACAUGGGCGGUGGAGUUGCUGCUGUAG